CCCCCUCCACCCCAACCUCCGUAAAAGUCUCUCUAUACAAAUAGGACCAUUUGCACUAUCUCUCUUCAAACAUCAUCUACAAGCACCAACACCACCCACAAGCUCCACUUCCAGAAGAGCAGUAGAGGUAGAGCCAUGGUUCCUUCAUUAAGCAACGCUGCGUUCCUAGAGAGUGAGCUACCUCUCAACGAGAAUGACUCCCAAGACAUGGUCCUAUACGAAGUCCUAAACGAGGCCAUGGCCAUCGGCAACUCAUGGUCACCCGCCAGAGACAAAAUUCAGAGCCAAAACGGCAUGGAACCAACUGGGCAUAUCGGCAAGAAGCAUUAUAGAGGUGUGAGGCGCCGUCCGUGGGGGAAAUUCGCAGCUGAGAUCAGAGAUUCAUCCCGACAUGGAGCUCGUGUUUGGCUUGGCACAUUCGACACAGCAGAAGAGGCAGCUUUAGCUUACGACAGGGCUGCAUUCCGGAUGCGGGGUGCCAAGGCGCUCCUCAAUUUUCCUGCUGAAGUUGUGGUUGCAGCUUCCAGUGGCAGCAGAUUCAAGCCUACUUCCAGCCUGGGUAAGGAGUCCUCCUCCAGCACUGUUGGUAGUUGCAGUGGGGUAUCAACGGAUGAUCAAUCGGAAUCAGAAGGUAGUUCAGUCGUGGAGCUCCAGGAUUUGGGCUCAGAAUACUUGGAGAAGUUGUUGAGGGGUUCUGAGAUGGGAGAAGCCAUCGACUUUUCCUCUUCUUCCUCAUCAUGUCGCCCCUGCAAUGUUGAGACAUGAACACACACCUGUUUUACUGGGAGAUGGGAUUUCUCUUUUGACUUUUGAGUGAGAGGAUGCCUUUGUCUUAUACAUAGAGCCAAUAUUUUAUAUGAAUAUAUGGCUUUGUAAUCUACGCUCAUGUGGUGGUUCUUCACUUGUUUGGAGUAAUUAAGCAGGUGAGCUAGCUAAGCCAUGACAUGUUUGAGAGGCAAAGAUAUUGUAUUCAAUUUCUUUUCUUGCUUCAACUUUUAAAUCUCAGACAUGUAUCAUGUGGCUUAUAACUGACAAGUAAGGCACAAAAGUGGGCUACUAAGCUUAAAUUAAACCAUUGUUGGUUCCCAGAGAGAGAGAGCUGAGUCACCAAGGAUGGAGCACGUACAUUGUAUGGUUUCCUACCUUUCCUUUCCUUUUUCUACUUUUUCUUUCAAACCAAACAGUCUUAAUUAGUGAUAAGAACUGUGUUUGUAACUUCAUAUUAAGAAAAUGGGUGACUGUGAUUGAGAGUUUUGGUAA